AUGGAUGUACGUGUCGGCCUGGCUCAGGCUCGGCUCCGUGUGGCUGUGGAGCACGCUCGUCGGCGGCCACGUCGGCGAGUAUGGGUGACCGACGUGCUGCAGCGGCGUAAAGCUCGUGGCGAGUUUUACCACCUCGUGCAGGAGCUGCGACUCCUGGACCCGGAUAGGCACCAGACCUAUUUCCGGAUGAGCCGCGACUCGUUUGACCUGAUCUUGUCUAAAAUCGGACCGAUCAUCACCCGCCAGCACACCAACUUCCGAGAGCCCAUCGAGCCGGCCCAGCGUCUGGCCAUCACCCUCCGGUACCUCGCCUCAGGGAUGGAGUUCGCCGCGCUGGCGCCCACCUACCGACUCGGCGAACGGACGGUGCGAGCCAUCGUGUGGGACACGUGUGCCGCCAUCGUGGCUGUCCUCGGCCCGGAGGUGCUGCCGGCCCCGACCGAGGCCACCUGGAGGCGGAGCGAAGCGGCCUUCAACCAGCUGUGGGACUUCCCCAACUGCGUGGCGGCCAUUGACGGGAAGCACGUCCUGAUCAAGGCACCAGCAAACUCAGGCAGUGAGUACUUCAGCUACAAGAAGACUUUCAGCACCGUACUUCUGGCUGCCGUCGACGGUAACUACCGCUUCGUGUACGUGUCGGUGGGGAGCGCUGGGAGGGAGUCCGACGGCGGCAUUUUCGGCCGCAGCGACCUGGCUGAGAAGCUGAGGGACGGGACGCUCGGCCUGCCACCAGCCAAGCCGCUCCCGGGCACGGAGGUGACGCUGCCACAUGUGUUUGUGGCGGACGAGGCGUUCCCUCUCACCGCCAACAUCAUGCGGCCGUACCCAGGCCGCACCGAGGCCAGGCUCGGCCGGCCAGCGGCGGUCUUUAACUACCGCCUGUCCCGGGCACGGCGCGUGGUGGAGAAUGCCUUCGGCAUCAUGUCCCAGAUGUGGCGACUCCUGACACGGCCGCUCAACGUCUCCGUGGACCACGCCUGCCAGCUGGUCUACACCAUCUGCAUCCUGCACAAUUUCCUGCGCCGUGACGACGCAGCCGGAGCACCACCCCGAGUCGACGGCACGGAGGCUGAGCAGGCGAACGGUGGCGGGGGCGGCGCGCUGGUGGACCUCCGCGGCCGUCUGGCGGCUCACCCUCACAACUACCCCGUCCGGGCGGAGCAGAUCCGACAGCAGUUCACACACUUCUUCAUGGGCCCGGGAGCCGUGCCCUGGCAAGAGUAG